AUUUAAUGCGCGAAACGGGCAGUUGAAUUUUGAAGCUCGAUUUGAACACAACAAAAAUGCGGAGUAAACACAAUUUCAUCAAUAUAAUUUGGCUGCUGCUGCUGCUACAGUUGGUAGCUGCACGCACCGUACUUCACCGUAGAACCGAAAUCGAUAGCAAUGGUCAAAGACAUACGAAAACUUGGACAACGGAAGAGGCAGAUGAAGAUUUCCCCACUCUCGAUGAUACAGGCGACGAGGGCUACCAGACGUUCACUCGAAAUGGCAUCACUUUGCGCAUCAAGCCACAAGUCACAACGCUACGCAUCGGUGGCAGAAAUGUCAGUCCCGAACAGUUGCUGGAGCAGGCGGAGCACGCAAAGGAACUCGAGCUGUUGGCCGUGCGUCAGCUAUUGAGUACGCGCCAUCCUGUGAAGCGCACGAACAUUGAAAAUGGACGCAAGCAUACGAGCACCUACACGCUGCAACCGGAUGGCAGCAUUCUAUGCAGGAAAGUGGAAGAUAUCGACAUGGAAGAUGUCGAUCGUCGAUUUGAGGAAAUAUUGAAACAGCAGCGAGCACAGCAACAUAAUCCCAACAAGCUUGAUGAUUGGGAGUGGGCAGGGCAGGAUAAACCAAAGCCGGAAGCGCCAGUUAGUCCGCAACAACCAGCGCAGACAAACAAACCCAAUUCCCAACCAGGCAACCCAACUACAGCCUAUCAACCCACAGUGCCGCAAGGUAGACCUAUUUGGCAGACGCCAUCUUUUGCAAAACGUCCCAAACCUGCAACAGAUGAUUUGUUUGAUGAAGAGCCAAGGUUAAGUCAUUAUCCAAAGCUACCAAGCACAUGGGAUAGCGACUCAUGGGACAAAGAUGAUCCGUUCAAUCCGGCCGAAUUACCUGCCAUGGGCGGUUAUGAUGAUAAUUUCGAAUUUGACUUUGACGAACCUGAAACACCUGCUGGACAAACAAGCACCUUCACCAACACGCACACAGACAAUGAUGGUAACAUCGUGCACACCAGCUAUUCAACUGGACCAAAUGAGUGGAAACGCAAGACCGUGAAAGUUUCCCCAAACUUCCUGCCCACAGAGCAAACAACAGUGCGCACACAAACGCUGCCAAGCUUGGAUGAUUUUCUCAAAUCGCAAUACAAUCCGAGCAGAGAUUCUAAACCACAAUCCACACCACCCAAUUUGUCAACCUCAACCACACCCACAACUGUGAAAACUAUCAAAAUCGAAGAUUUGCCACCCGUGGCUGUGCUUAACAUCAAUAAACCUUUAGAUGAACAAUUUCUCUAUCCACUCCAUCCCAAUGGCAGCGAUCAGAAGCCUAUCAAAACGUUGAAAGUAGAGAAUAUACCACCCAGCACGGAUCUUGACGAUCAGCUCGUCGAACGUACCAAAGUGCGUACCUUCACAAAGACUGUGCACAGCAAUCAAGCGCCAUCAGUUGGCGAUUUAGAUCCCAACAUGCGAGAUGUUUUGCAGCGCGCUGGCAUAAGUCCCGAAGAGAUUAGCAACGCUAAUGGACAGGCUAUUACAAAGACGCGUGUGGAACCCGACGGACGCAUUGUGACGACCACAUAUCACGUGCGUCCGACCUACGGCGGCAAUGGCUAUACACCAAUCGCGCCUUUUAAUCCGAACUUCGACAGUCUAUUUGGCGCACGUAAUCCAUACAACACGCCAAAUGUGUUUAGUGCACCACUACCCAGUAAGCAUCACAGCGCCAGUCAUUUUGGUGUCGACUUUAGGCCUUUUUCAGCAGGUGCGCCAGAUGACGCCAAACGCACCACAACACCGACAGCGGUGCGAGAUCGCGAGCCAUUGGAACCGCAGGACGAUGAUGAAGAGGAUACGGCCACAUUGAAUCCUUUGCUUAUACAUCCUGUGCAUGCGACAGUACCCGAUACAAAUCGCUCGCCAAUUGGGUCGUCCAACCGAGGAAAUGGCAGAAAUCCGAUUGCUGAGUUUCUAGCCAAAAUCGGCAUAUCAGUGGAUGAUUUAAGCGCUCAACGUGGCGAAUUCGUCAAAACUAUCGUCGAUGAUAAUGGACGCAUAUUAACGGCUAGAUUUGUGUUAAGUGCGCCAUUAUAGAAACGAAUGGUAGAGAUUUAGUUUGAUGUAAGUUUAUAUUAUUUGAGUGAAUAAAAUAUUUUAUAAUUUCGGAAAAAAA